CUUUGGCUUACACACAUGCUCUUCUUUUUCAGCACACACACACACACACACCAACAGGUGAUAACAGCCGACAUUAUAAGAUGUGUUCCCAAAGCCUCCGGAGAUUCGAUUCUGGAGAAUCGUCCCCAGUGUGAUGCAGUUGUUUUCUGCAUUCAACUCAGUCUUGAGAUGCAGUAGAUUGUGAACCCACAUCUAAGACAGGAGAGUUAACUUAAUAUAUCUAUAUGUGACGGUGGGGGAAACCAGGACGCCAGAAGGAAACACUCGCAAACCUGGGGAGCACACAGAUGGGCCUCGUUCCAGCUGGAAAUAAAACCCGAGACCUGCUAGUUGGAGGAUGACAGCGCUAACCACUGCUCCACAGCUUUUCAGCAGCUUUGAGGCAGAAAAAACACUCGCAAAUCAAGAGGUGGUACAAACAAAGGAGUGGCUUUCCUGCAGGUAGAAAAACUGACAAAUGCCUCAGGGAUUUUACAGCUUCGUGGACUUGGAAACGAAUGUCACAGCCUAUUACAGGUUGGAUCCAGGGCUAGCAUUUGGAAAAAUUCUCUAAAUGUUCUUUACUGUUCCAGUUUGUUAUAACAGGCCGGUAAGACUCACAUUUCACAACAGCAAAUGGAAACAGAAACAGAAAUGGAAUGGAAGUUUGGAAGUUUGAGUGGAGGAUUACCUUUAACUUUACCUGUACAUGUCUUCAAGGAUGACGAGCCACAUCUACAGACGCUAGAGUCUCAACAUGCCGAAAAGUGACUUUGCUGAAGGAGGACAACGGCAGAGAGUGGUGGUUGGUGAGGAACUGGCAGAUAGCAGAAGAGCGUGUAGCUGGUCACGGCGUCGCUGUCUCUUCAUCAUUCUGGUGUUUGGAGCGGUUUUGUUUGUUUCCAACGUAGACAUAAAGGAAAUGGUGCCUGGCUACAAUCAAAAAUGGCGAUAUAAUGCAACAAAAUGGUGGCCACCCUUUAGAGAACAGGAACAAAAUGCUUUCUCUCCCAACGUAACUGAUUCCAGCAUCAGCACAGUUGAGACCAGCACGUCUGCCUUCCCUCAUACUGAGACCAUUAUGUCAACAAACCUCAAAGACACAACUCAAACAUCACAUCAGACGACAGAUGCCUCACUUCUGACUACAAAUGCUUCACUUCUGGUACAACAGACAACUGCACCUCCGUCACCGGUUCCUUAUAAAUCUCCAGGACCGUACUUAGUGGAAUACCCCUAUGACUACCACUUCAUUAUCAAUGAGCCACAGAAAUGUGAACAGCAGAAGCCUUUCCUGGUUCUGAUGGUCCCUGUGGCGCCUCACAACAGGAAACAUCGUGACAUUGUCCGCAGCACCUGGGGAGGUGAAAGCCCAGUACUGGACAAAGUGGUGAUGCUGUUCUUCCUCCUGGGGCUUCACACUGGAGAGGGAGCGGAGCAGCUCCAAGACCAGCUGCUGCAGGAGAGCAAAGAACAUCAAGACCUGAUCCAGAGCGACUUCCUGGACUGCUACAAGAACCUGACCAUCAAGACCAUGGUGAUGCUGGAGUGGCUGGACUUCCACUGCUCCAGCGCCUCUUAUGCCAUGAAGAUCGAUUCAGACAUGUUUCUAAAUGUUCCCAAUCUCAUCAACAUGUUGUUAAAUGCUCCAAAGACAAACUACAUGACCGGACUUGUGGCGAGAGGAGGUGCAGUCUUGAGAGAUAAAAGUCAUAAGUGGUACGUACCUGUGGAGCUUUACCCUCACCCACAGUAUCCACGUUACGCUUUGGGUCUGGGUUACGUUUUGUCUCUCGAUCUCCCUAAAAAGCUGGUGGAGGCGUCCAGACACGUUAAACCUCUUUACAUUGAAGAUGUUUAUUUAGGGUUGUGUAUGCAGCACUUGGGGAUCCCCCCCACUGACCCCCCAAACUGGGGUUACUUUAAUGUCUUUCCUGUGGGGUACAGUCGCUGUGCUUACUCCAGACUUAUAGCCACAACCACACAUGAAAACUCUGAUCGUUUGAGUAACUGGAAAGACUUUAAGAAACCGGGCCCAUACUGCUGAUCAGCUAAAGAAAGAUCUGACAGCUAAGAAGGACACAGUCAUGGUUCUGACUGAAAAGUUUUGUCAGCUCUUCUUUUCUCUCUGAUUUUUAUCAUUGUGGAGUUACAAUUAUUUUGAGUACAGGUACAGCUACAAAUUGACCAGCCAAAGUGAUAGCUUUGAUAAAAUGUUUUGCUCAUGUGGAUUAACCACUUCGCCUACAAAUAAAAAACCUGGUGUCAUAGAGAGACAGCAUUCACAUCACAGCAUUCAGGGAAGGUUUUCAUUGUUCUGCUUGACAAGUACAGCUGCAGGAAAUGGUUCAAAUACUUUGUCAUGAUUAGGAGAAGAAGAGGUUAAAUCACUUGUCAUGUGAAGAACAGCUUUAUUGCCAGAUCAACAUGUUUGGUCUUGCGUCCUCGCUGCUACUCACACAUUAUCAGAAAUUGUUCCAGAGUCACACAUGUAAUGCUGGGUGUAAAUGUUCGUGCUGGGGGAAAUUAUAGACUAGUUUUAGGUGAAAUGGAGGCUUUCCACCGAAUGUUUGUGAAGAUAUUUUGGCUACAGAUCACCACUUCAAAAUAAAAUCCACUUCAAAAUAAAAUCCCCAUAUCUGUAACCCUUUAUGAUCAGGACGCUAAACACAUGCUUAAAUAACGACUUGUUACAGAAAAAGUAAUCACAUCACUUCACAUUACGAUUAUUAAUCGCAGUAACUCUUUGUUACUUGGACGUUUUGUCAGAAGGACAUGGAAAAACUCUAACUAACUGCUGUUGUCAAAGUAUUUACGGAAGCCCUUACAGACUCUUUUAACCAUGCCCAUCAGAAACAAAGACAAGAGGACUAUCAAACCUGUUUCCCAGGUUGAAUCGAAGCUGAGGCAGACUGCCAAGUGACGUGAAUAGAAGUCAGAAUGAAGUCCUGUCACCCAACUGACAACAGAUCAUCAGAGAACCGGUUUGAUAAAAUCAGGUUUAUAUUUCUGCAACUACUGUUUGAGUUCAGCUUUCUGCCUGAUCAGCUGCAUCAGUCUGAUAUUCCUUUUCUACGAGAAAGGUGACAAAACAUUCAUUUCCUGAUGAUCCUUGAACUGAUCUCAUAAACUCAUGUUUCUCAGGCUUCAUUUGUUUUUCAAGUUGAAUUCAUCAGUUAAAUCAUGACUUGUCCACCCGUGUUACGAAGAGUUAACUAUUUUAUUUUUCACUUACAAGAAAACUUCUACAGGUUGUGUCCUAUUGGAAAUGUUUUUUUUUAGACAUGGUGCAAAUGGCAUUUGUGUCAUUUUGAAAGUUUUUUUUUUAAUCUUUUAUACUUUACUAUUUACAGCAUUGUUUUUAGUACUUUUUAUUUCUAUCCUGGUUCCAUCUCUGCAUUGUCUUUGCUGGUUUGAUAAAGUUAUUAGUUGUAAUGUCUAAAGCACCUUAUAACACUGAUAAGGAAGGCGCCAUAUAUAUUCAUUUUUGUAUGUUUAUUUUUUUAUGACUAAAGGCGGAAUAUAAGAGGAAUUAACUUUUAAUAAUCUUAAUCAGGCAUUCAAGAUAAAAUAACUUCCAACACACAGUGUUUUUACAUCAUACCUGUCAACAGAUAUUUGUUGUAAACUGUUGUAUCCUGGAAUUUGAAACACUCAGACCUUCUGCAUUUUGUGAUCACAACUGAUGCCACAGAAAUCAGUUCAUCUCGUGUAUCAAAAUAAUGAAAAUUAAUUUUUCUUGCUGUUAUUAGCUGAUUUUCCAGACAAUUUGUAAUGAAUGAGACAAAUAUAAUAAUGAAAGCUUCAGUGCUGUGAAGAGAA